AUGGAGAGCGAAGGAGACGUGCUGAGUCUCACUCUGAUGACAUGUGCUGCGAGUCCCGCACCCAUAAUCGUGAACACCGACACAUUGGAGUCCGCACCUUAUGUCAACGGGACUGAAAUUGAAUAUGAAUUUGAGGAAAUCACUCUUGAGAGGGGGAACUCGGGGCUCGGCUUCAGCAUCGCCGGAGGGACAGAUAACCCACACAUCGGUGACGACCCUGGCAUCUUCAUCACCAAGAUCAUCCCCGGAGGAGCAGCAGCUGAGGACGGCCGGCUAAGAGUAAAUGACUGCAUCCUGCGGGUGAACGAUUCUGACGUAUCGGAAGUCUCCCACAGCAAAGCAGUAGAAGCCCUGAAGGUCGCAGGCUCCAUCGUCCGGCUGUACGUGCGGCGACGCAGGCCCAUGCUGGAGACCAUCCUGGAAAUAAAACUCAUCAAAGGACCAAAAGGGCUUGGCUUCAGUAUUGCAGGUGGAGUUGGGAACCAGCACAUUCCUGGAGAUAAUAGUAUAUAUGUCACAAAGAUCAUUGAUGGCGGAGCGGCACAGAAAGACGGGCGGCUACAAGUUGGAGACCGCUUAUUAAUGGUGAACAACUACAGUCUGGAAGAAGUGUCUCAUGAAGAGGCUGUUGCCAUCUUGAAAAACACGUCGGACGUGGUGUACCUAAAGGUGGGAAAACCCACCAAUGUCUACCUUUCAGAUCCCUAUGGGCCUCCUGAUAUCACACACUCAUUCUCUCCAGCCAUGGAAAAUCAUAUCUCGUCCCCCAUCAACAGUGCCACUCUGGAGUACAAGUCUGGCCUCCCCCCUAUCUCCCCUGGGAGUUACUCCCCCCUCCCUAAGCACUUACUUGGGGAAGAGGAUAUAAACAGGUUGGAUGGUUUUUCCUUCUUACGAAACUCCUCACUGGACGACGGCGACGGUCACAGGUUUGAUUCCCACUUCCAGUUGAGGCCUCCCGAGCCCGUAUACAGCACUGUGAACAAACUAUGUGACAAAGCACCUUCCCCCCGACACUAUUCCCCAGUAGAGUGCGACAAAAGCCUGCUCCACUCCGUCCCCUUCCCCAACUAUCACUUAAGCCUGUACCCUGAUUUGGACUUCACCAGGUUCCUCUCUCCGGUGCGGACCAUGCUGCAUCACACGGACCCCCCCGAGCUCAUGUACUAUCUCGACUGUCUGUACAGAGACCCCCGGAAGGUGGUGCUGCACAAAGGCUCCACAGGCCUGGGAUUCAACAUCGUGGGCGGCGAGGAUGGAGAGGGCAUUUUUGUGUCCUUCAUCCUGGCUGGAGGGCCCGCCGACCUGAGCGGAGAGCUGCGGAGAGGAGACCAGAUCUUAUCGGUAAACGGCAUCGACCUCCGAGGAGCCACUCAUGAGCAGGCUGCAGCAGCACUCAAAGGCGCGGGACAGGUGGUCACUAUCAUCGCCCAGUACAGACCAGAAGAACUUGCUCUUUGCUCUCCGAGGCGGGCUGCUUCUCCAGCUCCAGAGUACGGGCGUUUCGAGGCCAAAAUCCAUGACCUGCGGGAACAGAUGAUGAACCACAGCAUGAGCUCUGGGUCAGGAUCCCUCCGAACCAAUCAGAAGAGGUCGCUCUAUGUGAGGGCUUUAUUUGACUAUGAGAAGUCCAAAGACAGCGGCCUCCCCAGCCAGGGCUUGAGCUUCAGAUACGGGGACAUCCUUCACGUCAUCAACGCCUCUGACGACGAGUGGUGGCAGGCGCGGCGAGUCACUCCGCACGGCGACAGUGAAGAGAUGGGCGUCAUCCCCAGCAAACGCCGCGUGGAAAGGAAAGAGCGGGCCAGACUAAAAACUGUGAAAUUCAAUGCCAAGCCCGGAUCAUUCGAUUCAAAAGGGUCACUCACUGACAAACGUAAAAAGAAUUUCAUCUUUACACGAAAAUUCCCCUUCUACAAGAACAAGGAGAGCGAUCAGGACGGCAGUGAUUCUGACAGGAGUCAGGAGGACGUCAUUCUGUCGUAUGAACCUGUCAUGAGGCAAGAAAUCAGUUAUGCCCGCCCUGUGAUCAUCCUGGGACCAAUGAAAGACCGAAUUAACGACGAUCUUAUCUCAGAGUUCCCUGAAAAGUUUGGCUCCUGUGUGCCACCUGCCAACAGUUCACGGCAGCAAGAUACGACUCGACCAAAGCGGGACUACGAGGUGGACGGGCGGGACUACCACUUUGUGAUGUCCCGAGAGCAGAUGGAGAAGGACAUUCAAGAGCACAAGUUUAUAGAGGCGGGACAGUACAACGACAAUCUCUACGGGACCAGUGUCCAGUCUGUCCGAUACGUGGCAGAGAGGGGGAAACACUGUAUUCUCGAUGUGUCUGGAAACGCCAUCAAGCGGCUACAAGUAGCACAAUUGUAUCCUGUCGCCAUCUUCAUUAAACCCAGAUCGGUGGAUUCAUUAAUGGACAUGAAUAAACGAUUGACGGAGGAACAAGCCAAGAAGACCUUUGACAGAGCGUUGAAGCUGGAGCAGGAGUUUGGAGAAUUCUUCACAGCGCUGGUUCAAGGCGACACUUUAGAAGAAAUUUAUAACCAAUCCCCUCACUCCUCUGGGACAGGAGCGACUUCGGUGAAGACAGCUGCCUCGUCCUCCUCACUCUCUGCUGAAGGUGACGUCCUGUGUUCCUGUGUCAGCUCUGUUUUGGUGAAGUCUGCAGCUGGAAUCACGCACACAGAUCAUGUCGUGGUGAAACACAUGAAGGGCUCUCCCGUUCCUUUCGCUGGGCUUUUGAGGUCAUCGUCAUUGCAUGACAAGGGCUGUGGCAGAUUCAUCUCCAUCACUCAUAACAGCAUUUCCAUAGCAUUUCCUCUGUGCGGUAGUACCAUGAAGGGUGGAGGAGCUGGCAAGGACCCACCAGCCGCUGGGGAGAUAGCAGGGAAGCGGCCCAAACGAAAAUGUCUUCAGUGGCACCCGCUUCUGUCCAAGAAGGUCCUGGACUUCUCAGAGGAAGAGGAUGAGGAGGAUGAGGAAGAGCAGGAGAAGGAUCAGGGCUCUCAGGUGCAGUGUGGAGCCCCUCCUGAAGUGGAUGAGGAUCCCACAGAGCAGAGAGCCCGCCGCCCCAUGAACGCCUUCCUCCUCUUCUGUAAACGCCACCGCUCUCUGGUGCGCCAGGAGCACCCUCGGCUGGAUAACCGUGGGGCCACAAAGAUUCUGGCUGACUGGUGGGCAGUGCUAGAUCCUAAGGAGAAACAGAAGUACACUGAUAUGGCCAAGGAGUACAAAGAUGCUUUCAUGAAGGCAAACCCUGGAUACAAAUGGUGUCCAACCACAAGCAAACCUGUGAAGAGCCCUCCUUGUCAAUCAGUGAGCGCCGCACGCAAAAAGGUGUGGCCCUUCGUCUCGGGACCAUGCAAAGAGACCCCCACUGCCAAGAAAGUGCCCAAAGCUGACAGCACGCCACAGUUAAAUUUCGCCAUGGCAGACCCUACAAAGAUGGGAGGCCUCAGCAUGCUGCUUUUGGCUGGAGAACAUGCCCUCACAAACAGAGAGGUUCCUUCAAGCACUAAACCAAGUUUACAUGAAGCCGUCACUGAACGAGAGCCCAUCCGAGAAAAUCAAGUGGAGAUCUCAUCUGGAACCACACUGAAGGGAGUGGCAGAUAGUCCUAAAAGCAGGGUUCAGCCGACCCCUUCCCCUCCAGCAGAGUCGUCUGUGGCACCUGACGUUAAACCAUGUGGACAGUCUGCUCUCUUCCAGCUUGCCGAGAUGUGUUUAGCCUCUGAAGCACAGAAGAUGGACACAGAAGUGGCGGAACCGGAGGACAGCGGCUCUCGACCCUUUUUGCUGCACACUCCUAUCAAAACCGAACUGAAGGAGGAGAAAGAAAACACUGACAGCCCUCCGUCCACACUGACUGACCCCUCGCCUCCCACAAUGACCUCUACCUCCAGUGACCCCAGACCUCUGCUCAGCCACCCCAACACCAACGUCAAAAAGAAACCCAAAAAGUCCAAACAAGAUGGCGUCCAGAGUGUCACUCCAGUCAAGGUGAUGAAGAUGGAAACGCAUCAGAGAUCUGUCGCAGACUUGAUUUCAACCACUAUCGAGAUAGUUGCAAAAGGCUCGUUGCAAAAACCAGACCAGGACAGAACCCAAAGCGAUGUUAACUGUAGGAACCAUGCUUUCCCCAAAAAGCCCAAGCCCAAAAUGAAGGCGUUCACGGAGCAACCUGAGCUCAAAGAAGACAAGUGCGAACCCAACUCUGACGACGCGUUGGAGAGUGACCUGUUCGACACGAGUCCAAAGACUGUUGUUUCAGACGCGAUCACAGAGAAGAGUGGGAUUAUGGAGCACAUGACUGAAGCAGAGCAGCCCUUCUCUAAAGUGAAGGAGGAGGACAGAAGCAAAGAGCAGCUGAAUGAAGGAGAGUGCAUGAGCGAAGGCCGGGGCUUCAGGAAGUCUGAGAGGAGCUGCAAAGGGGCCUUGUACAAAACACUGGUUUCGGAGGGGAUGUUGACGUCUUUGAGAGCCAACAUCGACAGAGGGAAAAGAGGUGCCUUACGUACUUCUGAUAAUGAUGCAAACUGGACGGAAGACAGCUGGACACUCACAAACAUGGGAUCCAAUAACCCCAAAAAGCUGAAGAAGUCCAAGUCCAAAGAUGACUCUUCCCCCGGUCUGGGAAAACUAGAGGAGGAAUUUGAGAAGAAGUUCAACAGCCUGCCUCAGUACAGUCCAAUUAUAUUUGACAAAAAGGGCACAACGGUUACAAAGAAGAAAAGGGCUGACAUCUGUGCCCAAGAUGAGGCCCCAAAAGCUGGAAAAGGUGACGAGAAAGGACCAUUUUCAUCUGUGAAAAAGACAUCAUUCCACAAGAUUGUUAGGAAGCAUAAACUCAAAAAGGACCAGCCACUUCCAGUGGAAAGAGCAAUUGUUCAGAAUGACCUCACCCUUCAGGACUCCACGUCAAAAGCCAAGCCGAGUGCCUCGUCGGCCGUCAUGUGCCCAGACGCACAGACCUGUGCCAGCAUGGACAUGCUCGUGGGCAGCCAGAAGAGGAAGGCUCGCAAGACCAAGAUCACACACCUGGUGCGCACCGCGGAUGGAAGUGUGUCUCCAGUCGAAGGCGAAAUGCUUAGGGACCCAAUCCAGGAACAGGAUAAGAAGCCAUUACCCCUACUGAAUUUAUGCAAUGACAAAGGGUGCUACAGCAGUCCCACAGACGAGGAGGUCGAGAGGAGCGCCACCCCGCAGGAUCUGCCCGCUUUCUUCAGCCUAACAGCCCUCGCUGAGGUAGCUGCUUUGGAAAAUGCUCAUAGAGGCCCGAAGAGCAUGCCCGACAGUCAGAAGAAGGAGAUUGCUCAGACUCCAGUCCUCAUCUCCUGUGCGGAUCAGUGA